AUGGUCGAUCAGCUGGUGGGAGCUGCUGACGUAGUGGUGAUAAAUGACUCCGCGCCGCUGCCGUGGCUAACCCAGCAGCAGCAGCAGCGGCGGCAGCAGCAGCAGCAGCAGCAGCAGCAGCAGCAGCGCCGCGGAGGUGGAGGUGGGGGCGGCGGCGGCGGCGGCGGCAGUCGCAGCCGCGGCGUAAAAGUGCAGGGGUUCUACCUGGUCGAGGCGCGGCUCCUGUUCCUGCCGCACAAGGAUGGCGCGCGGGGCUGGAACGUGCUCCUCACGCUCGCACUGCGCAAAGACCCCCUGCCGGACGGGAACUCGGGGCUGCACUCCCUGUGCAACGGUGGGGCGGCGCGCGUAUUCGGGAACAUUCAAGUGACGGAGCUGCGCGGGCAGCCGCGCACUGGCGCGUACGGCAGCGACCCUGCGCCACCUGCGGCGGUCGUCCCCGUUUCUCGCGCUGGCGGCGGCAGCAGCAGCAGCGGCGGCGACGACGGCGCAAGCGGUAGCGGCGCGAGCACGGCGGCCAGCCGCGCAGCGGCAGGCGGCGGGGCGAGCACGAGCAGCAGCAGCGCCGGCGCUGGCGCCCCACCGGCGCCAACGCCGGCGCCCGCCGCGGCCGCUACGGCCGCCGCAGCUUCUGCUCCCAGCGCCGGCGAGGCCUGGCUGACGUCGCAGAGGCAGCUGCUCGAGUGGCGGCUGGGCCUGACCACCGGCACGCCGGUGCUGCUCGUGGAUCCCGCCUCGGGCGUCAUAAUGGGGCGCGCCGAGGCAGUUGACGCGCCAUUGCCGAACGACGCGCGCGCCGCUGCGGGCGCAGGGCACGCGCCGACGCCGCUCACGGUGGGCGGCUGGCCCCCCAAGGGGCGGUACAUGCUGGCCCUGCGCGUGACUGAGGUGCGGCGUGAGGGGCCGCUGGGCGGCGGCGUCGUCGACGUCCACCACCCCAUCUUUGUGGCCGCGGCGUGCCCUGUGGUGCAGCCGCUGCCGGCGCAAAAGGCGGUGAUCCUGGGCUCGCCGCUCAAGAGCGGCGGCGGCGGCGGCGGCGGCCGCGAGCCGCCGGAGCCCUUUGCUUGA